CCCGCCCCCCGCCGGUACCGCAUUGCCGUACUGCAGGGGCGCGGUGCACUGCGCCCGCACCGUCAAUAGGUGGACCCCCUCCUGGAGAGAUAAAACCCGGCGCCGGCGCCGCCAGUCCCUCUGGCUGAGACCUCGGCUCCGGAACCUCUCAGCACCCCCUUGCCCUGAGCCAGAGCACCCCAGGCCGAGCCCCCCACCCCCUGGGCAGAAUGGGCAAGGAGAAGACCCACAUCAACAUCGUGGUCAUCGGCCAUGUGGACUCGGGUAAGUCCACCACCACAGGCCACCUCAUCUACAAGUGCGGGGGCAUCGACAAGAGGACCAUCGAGAAGUUCGAGAAGGAGGCGGCCGAGAUGGGAAAGGGCUCCUUCAAAUAUGCCUGGGUGCUGGACAAGCUGAAGGCCGAGCGAGAGCGUGGUAUCACCAUCGACAUCUCGCUCUGGAAGUUCGAGACCACCAAGUACUACAUCACCAUCAUCGACGCCCCCGGCCACCGGGACUUCAUCAAGAACAUGAUCACAGGCACCUCCCAGGCGGACUGCGCAGUGCUGAUCGUGGCUGCGGGCGUGGGCGAGUUCGAGGCCGGCAUCUCCAAGAACGGGCAGACCCGGGAGCACGCACUGCUGGCCUACACGCUGGGUGUGAAGCAGCUGAUCGUGGGCGUCAACAAGAUGGACUCCACGGAGCCAGCCUACAGUGAGAAGCGCUACGACGAGAUCGUCAAGGAGGUCAGCGCCUACAUCAAGAAGAUCGGCUACAACCCCGCCACCGUGCCCUUCGUGCCCAUCUCGGGCUGGCACGGCGACAACAUGCUGGAGCCCUCGCCCAACAUGCCAUGGUUCAAGGGCUGGAAGGUGGAGCGGAAGGAGGGGAAUGCGAGCGGCGUGUCCCUGCUGGAGGCCCUGGACACAAUCCUGCCCCCGACGCGCCCCACGGACAAGCCCCUGCGUCUGCCGCUGCAGGACGUAUACAAGAUCGGCGGCAUUGGCACAGUGCCCGUGGGCCGAGUGGAGACGGGCAUCCUCCGGCCGGGCAUGGUGGUGACCUUUGCGCCGGUGAACAUCACCACCGAGGUGAAGUCAGUGGAGAUGCACCACGAGGCCCUGAGCGAGGCCCUGCCGGGUGACAACGUGGGCUUCAAUGUGAAGAACGUGUCGGUCAAGGACAUCCGCCGUGGCAACGUGUGUGGAGACAGCAAGUCCGACCCACCGCAGGAGGCUGCCCAGUUUACCUCCCAGGUCAUCAUCCUGAACCACCCGGGGCAGAUCAGCGCGGGCUACUCGCCAGUCAUCGACUGCCACACGGCGCACAUCGCCUGCAAGUUCGCGGAGCUGAAGGAGAAGAUCGACCGGCGCUCGGGCAAGAAGCUGGAGGACAACCCCAAGUCCCUGAAGUCCGGCGACGCGGCCAUCGUGGAGAUGGUUCCGGGAAAGCCCAUGUGCGUGGAGAGCUUCUCCCAGUACCCG